ACAAAAAUAAAAAUGGCAAUAAUAGGAUUAGGUUACAUUGAAAUUUUCCUAGCAAUACUAUGUUUUUUCUUGUUUCAUGCCCUGAAGGAUGCAAAGGGAUUCCCCAUAAACUGGCCAAUUUUUGGUAUGUUACCAGGUACCCUUUGUCACAUAAAACAUAUUCAUGAAAGGGUCACCAUGACCAUGAGGAUAUCAGGGGGCACUUUUUUAUUUAAAGGUCCCUUGUUUGCAAACAUGGACAUGAUAGCAUCUGCUGAUCCAGCAAAUGUUCACUACAUCAUGAGUGAAAAUUUCAUGAAUUUCCCAAAAGGACCAAAAUUCAGGGAGAUAUUUGAUGUUUUGGGAGAUGGAAUUUUUAACGCGGACUUGGAUUUGUGGAAGGUCCAAAGGAAGACGGCUCGUACUUUGAUCACUCACCAACAGUUUUACAAAUUUCUAGUCAAGACUAGUCGCGAAAAAGUGGAGAAAGGGCUUAUUCCAGUUCUUGAUCAUGUUUGUCACAAAAGUGUCAUAGUGGACUUGCAAGAUUUAUUUCAAAGGUUCACUUUUGAUACUACUUGUAUAUUGGUCACUGGAUAUGAUCCUGGGUGUGUAUCUAUUGAUUUCCCUGAUGUUCCCUUCUCUAAAGCCAUGGAUGAUGCUGAAGAAGUGAUUCUCGCUAGACAUGUCAUACCUGGGGUAAUAUGGAGGCUACAAAAAUGGCUUGGAAUUGGAGAAGAAAAGAAGUUGAUUAAGGCUGUAGAAACGAUGGAUAAUGUUAUAGGCAGCUACAUAUCCAAAAAGCGCGAUAAGUUGAAAAAAAUGGAACCUGACUUGAAAGAGGACGAUGAGGGGUUUGAUCUUCUGACCUUUUAUCUCAAAGAAGGUCAAAAUUUGGGAGUGAAUUGUGAUGAUAGGUUCUUGAGGGAUACCAUCUUGAACCUCAUGAUCGCGGGGCGUGACACGACUAGCUCAGCCCUCACAUGGUUCAUAUGGCUUGUGACAAAAAAUCCAGAAGUAGAGAAGAAAUUAAGGGAAGAAAUCAAUUCAAUUAUCCCCAAAGAAGAAGCAGGAAAAUGGAGGCUCUUCAAUGUGAAUGAAUUGAACAAAUUGGUUUAUUUGCAUGGUGCAUUAUGUGAUUCACUAAGGCUAUAUCCACCUGUUCCAUUCCAACACAAAGAACCACUUCAAGAAGAUAUUCUCCCAAGUGGUCAUAAAGUUCAUCCAAAGAUGAAGAUUCUGUUUUCAAUGUAUGCAAUGGCGAGAAUGGAGUCAAUUUGGGGAGAAGAUUGUUUAGAAUUCAAGCCAGAGAGAUGGAUUUCAGAGAGAGGAACGAUUAAGCAUGAGCCUUCGUAUAAAUUCUUGGCUUUCAAUGCAGGGCCAAGGACUUGUUUAGGGAAAGAAGUGGCUUUCACUCAAAUGAAGGCUGUGGCUGCUACUAUCAUCCAUAAUUACCAAGUUGAACUUGUGGAAGGACACCCUAUUGAACCUAAUGCUUCUAUUAUUCUCUAUAUGAGACAUGGUUUUAAAGUUGGGAUUAGUAGGAGAUGGCCUCAGUGACAGUAUCUUGCGUCAAAUUUAUCUCCAUGGUUUUAAAGUUAGGAUUAGUAGGAGAUGGCCUCAGUGACAG